AUGUUUGCUCCAAUGCUUGUCCGCCUACUCCUGCUUGUCCGCCUACUCCCGACGACAACAAAACUUUCUUUCUUGUCCCCGCCCAGCUCUCGUAGCCCUACAAGGCGCUGCAAGCAGCUCAAUUUCCGCCUCCAUAAACGCCUUUUCCGAUGCUCUUGUUCGGUGAUUAACACACUCGGUGAAUUGCGAACCAUGUUCCCAGAAGGCGACAGUACAGCCGAAGAUGGCUGGUCGCCCGCACCGCGACCCCCCCCGCCCUCCGUUGCCCAUGCCAAACAACUCCGGCCUGCCACUUCCAAAAGCCCGCAUAACUACCAUAGUACACCGGUACGCCGUCUUGGCGACGCCUUCCAAGGUGGGUGUCAGGCUUGGGCCGACCCUUCGGCCGAGCCAGUACACCCAGUACCGUGUUUUCUGUGGCCAGCAAAAACAGCCACCGGAUCCUUGGCUUUUUUUUCCAAUAUUGACGGCUUGGCGUACAUUAUGACUCGGUUGCCGAAAAAAUCAGAUGUUUCCCCUCCGCGCGACGCCCAACUGCAUGUUGGCUACCGCAGCCUUGGCGGUCCUCUUGUUGUGGAGUUUUGGGGCUUGUUAACCUUACAGGCUCCGGAGUACGGUUCGGAAGGCACCGACCCAUCGGCGACUUCGGCGUUUUGUGCCAGCACUUAUAUAAAGACAACCUCUGUCAACCACAUUCUGUUUUUUUUUCCGUGUGUGUUUGGAUCAGAUUGUAAGCCUCCUCAAAGCUUGUACCACCAUUCAAACUUCGUCUCAAAGAAAAUGCACUUCAAGCUUGGACUCCUCGCCGCAGCGGCCACGCUGUGUAGUGCCGCGUUCCGCGAUGGCUGUGCUGACGCACCCUGGAACUCGAACACGGACUACUUCCUCAACAAGUUUGACAACGACGCCAACUUGCCCUUUUACCCUAAGUACAACAAGACCUACGUCACCAUCAAGAACCGCCAGCGGAGAUUUGUCGUGCUGCACUGCUCCAAGGAAGCGCCUCCGAGGUCCGUUGUAGGCGAGGAAGCCCUGAUCAUCCAGGUUCCCGUCAAAAACGUCGCGGCUCUCGAUGGUUUCUCCCAAAACAUGAUUGAGAUGCUGGGCCUGUCCACGUCCAUCCGACGCACUGGUGUCUACGCCGACGUGACGAGCUCGUGCGUCCGCGGCAACAUGAUGGACAAGAUCACGUAUGACGACGACAACUGGGACAAGGCCGAGGCCGUCGACGUCACAUUCUACGGCGACACCAAGGACUCGGACAACAAAAAGGUUCUCGUCUACAACAUUGGCAACUACGCUCCCUUGACCCAGCUCGGCUACAUCAAGUUCUUCUCCAUGUUCUUCGGCCUCGAGGAGCUGGGCACCAAGCUGUACGACGAAAUCGCCACCAGCUACCGCUGCGCCGCCGCCAACGUCCAGGAGGCCCUGCUGUCGGGCGCCUACCCCAAGGGCGCCUACGUGUCCCCGAUCCGCAAGGAGGGCGACAAGCUGACCGUCUUCCAGAGCCCGUGGUGGAGCACCAUCCUGUCCGACGCCGGCUCGCGCCUCGUCAACGUCUCGGCCGACGGUGAGACCACGGGCCAGGGCAACCCCACGACGGCGCAGCAAGUCUCCAUCAGCGCCAUCACCGCCGACGGCGCCUUCGCCAAGAACAGCUGGGCCAUCAUCGACACCACCCAGUACGACCAGCUGCCCGGCAAGCAGGCGCCCAAGGAGAACCCCAAGGCCGUGCGCGUCACGGCCGACACGUACGCGACCCGCUCGGGCGUCUCCAAGAACAUCUACGCCGUCGCGAACAAGAACGUCUACCUCACGGACAAGGCUUCCAACCGCAACAUGCGCCACAACUUCUUUGACCGCGGCAGUGCUCGCCCCGAUCUCGUCAUCCGGGACAUGAUUGCCAUGCUCUCGCCGACCAUGAACCCCAAGUACACGACCCAGUUCAUCCGCCCCGUCACCAAGCCCGACGACGAGAUUGCUCUCCGCCGCUACUCCAACACGUGCGCCGUCAAGGGCAAGGAGAUUGAGACGCUCAACCUCACGUCCUGCGCCGUGCCCGGCUGGGUGCAGGGCUUCAACUCCUCUGGCAUCACCCCCAACGCCUACGGCCGCGCCGACGACCAGCAGUCCCUCGCCACCAUGUCCACCAGCAAGGGCCUGAGCGGCGGCGAAAAGGCCGGCAUCGCAGUCGGCUCUGUUGUCGGCUUCCUUCUAAUCGCCGCGGGUGUCCUCUUUGGCGGCUGGAAGUGGCGCCGUGCCGCGGCCGCCAAGAAGAAGCAGCAGCAGGAGAUGAACCAGGUUGAGAAGGGCUCUGUCACGAGCGAGUAA